AUGGAGGGAGUUGAACUCUGCUUUCCACAACUCAACAGUUCCUGCAGGAGGCUGAAACGUCCUCACUCUGACACUUUGCUUAUUAACAGUGUGCUGUCCUUCACCUCUUUGCUCACUGCGACUCUCAACCUGCUGGUCAUCAUCUCCAUCUCCCACUUCAAGCAGCUCCACACCUCCACCAACCUCCUCCUCCUCUCUCUGGCUGUCUCAGAUUUUUUCGUGGGCUUCAUCAUGUUCUUUCAAAUUUUCUUCAUAAACGGUUGUUGGCUCUUUGGUGACAUCAUGUGUCUUCUGUAUGUUGUUUUAGACUACCUUAUUACUUCUGUCUCCAUAGUAACCAUGGUGCUCAUAUCUAUUGACCGCUAUUUGGCUAUUUGUGACCCCUUGCAUUACCCCACCAAAGUCACUCCAAAAAGAGUUAGAAUCUGUGUUUCACUGUGUUGGAUCUGUUCUCUCUUCUUUACCACUGCGCUGAUGAACGAAAACCUGAAACGACCAGGCAGGUAUAAUUCCUGUGCUGGAGAGUGCAUACUGGUCUUUAACUUUAUUGAACAAUUUGCAGAUUUUAUUUUAACUUUCAUCAUUCCAAUAACAUUCAUCACAGUUCUGUAUCUGAGAGUAUUUGUGGUGGCUGUGUCUCAGGCUCGUGCCAUGCGCUCUCACAUUACAGCUGUCACACUCCAGCGUUCAGAGAGAGUAACUGCUAAGAAAUCUGAGAUGAAAGCAGCCAGGACUCUUGGUGUCGUUGUAGUUGUGUUUCUAAUAUGUCUCUGCCCAUAUUUCUUUUUCACACUUUCAGGCCAGGACACUUUACUUCAUGCUCCAUCUGCUAUCUUUAUAAUGUGCCUGUUCUACUUAAACUCCUGUUUAAACCCUAUCAUCUACGCCUUUUUCUAUCCCUGGUUUAGAAAAUCUGUUAAACUCAUUGUUACACUUCAAAUAAUGAAGCCUGGCUCCUGUGAGACGAAGAUAUUGUGA